AUGUCGUCGCCGUCACAACGCCGGCAGCGCAGUUCCCAGUCUGCCACGCCGCGUCGGUCUACUCGCCAGUCUGAAGCCAACACCCCUCACAAUGCGCCUUCACAGGCGGCCUCAAGCCCGAUUUUCUUUCAGUCCUCAUCUCCCGGCCCCGGAGUUGGUCAGGAGCAUGACACGAAUGGAGACGUGUCGUCGCCUUUGAGGCAGAUGACGGAUAGCCAGAGCACGCAAGCCCAUGCCGCUACCCCUAGCUCUCCGUUGCGGCAAAUGUCCGAGUCGCAGACACCUCGAGAUGAUCCUCAGAGAACGCCUAGAGCAAGCGGGACCUUUGCCGGAGAGUCAUCACCAAUCCGAUACGAACCGAGUUCCAGUCCUGGCCGAUCACUUGGUCACCGAUCAGAGCUACGCAGCGAGAGCAGCGGCUUGUUUGUUGGCUCAGAGAGAGGUCACUCUGCUGCUUACAGACGAGGAGAUAUCAACUCGGAUGCCUUGCGAACGCCUCGCGCCCCCCGACGCAUUAUCCUGGAUGACACUGGCCGCGUUGUCCAAGAGGGCCAAACCCCUGGCUCGGAUGCUGCGUCUUUCACCAAUCGAGACCCCAACACGUCUGAAGCUGAUGUUCUUGGCGGCCAAGGCCAAAGCCUCAUCUGGGGUACAACUGUAUCCAUUGAUGACACCUUUGCAGGAUUCAAAGACUUCCUACGCCACUUCACCCAAAAGUACAGAAUGUACCGGGAUGGCUUCUCAGAUGCAGAAGUGCAGGCCGCGCCGGAUGCCGAGUCCAAACCCUACGUAGAAGCUAUGGAAAACAUGUUGCUUCUUGGCACUACGAGGCUGUACCUCGACAUUUCUGACCUGAAUCUGUACCCUCCCACUCGCAAGCUGUGGUACCAAAUCCAAGCAUAUCCUCAGGAAAUCGUCCCCAUCAUGGAUCAGUCCGUCCAUGAUUUGAUGGUAGAACUGGCACGAGCGGAUUCUCUCAAAAACCGGCAAUCUCAGAGCAGUGCUGGUCAACAGGACACCCAGAACAGUACCCAGAGCUCGGAACCCGUCUUUCCCAGCUCUGACAGACCUGACGACCCUGCUACUCCCCGCCCGCCGCAAGACCAGCCGUCUUUGGAGGACCAAGUAUCUGCGAACUUGUACGUCGUCCGUCCCUUUGGGCUCGACAAGACGAUCAACUUGAGAGAUUUGAACCCGUCUGACAUGGACCGCCUCAUCUCUAUAAAGGGUCUCGUCAUUCGGACAACGCCCGUCAUCCCUGACAUGAAGGAUGCAUUUUUCCGUUGCAAUGUUUGCAACCACUCUGUCAACGUCGGCCUCGACCGGGGCAAGAUUCGUGAGCCAACCGAGUGUCCUCGCCAGAUUUGUAACUCCAAGAACUCCAUGCAGAUCGUCCACAACAGAUGCUCAUUUGAAGACAAGCAAGUCAUCAAACUGCAAGAGACUCCUGAUGCCGUGCCUGCCGGUCAAACCCCUCACUCCGUCUCAGUCUGCGUGUAUAACGAACUCGUCGACUUCUGCAAGGCCGGUGACAGGGUCCAGUUGACGGGGAUAUUCCGAGUCAGCCCUGUGCGAGUCAACCCACGUCAACGCGCCGUCAAGAGCGUAUACAAGACCUACGUUGAUGUUCUUCACGUUCAAAAGGUCGACAAGAAGCGUAUGGGAGCCGAUCUCACCACACUCGGCGUCGAAGGCGAAGAGGACGCCGAUAACGGUGGAAACGGGCUAGAACAGACUCGUGUCAUCACACCUGAGGACGAAGCCAAGAUUCGAGAAACGGCUGCCCGUGAUGACAUCUACGAGCUUCUGGCCCGGUCUCUCGCGCCUUCAAUCUACGAAAUGGACGACGUCAAGAAGGGUAUUCUCCUGCAACUUUUUGGCGGCACAAACAAGACGUUCCAAAAGGGCGGCAGUCCCAAGUACAGAGGCGACAUCAACGUACUGCUUUGCGGUGACCCUUCUACUUCAAAGUCCCAGAUGCUCUCCUAUGUCCACAAGAUUGCUCCUCGCGGUGUCUACACCAGCGGCAAGGGCUCCUCAGCCGUCGGUCUCACAGCCUACGUGACCCGCGACCCCGAAACCAAGCAGCUCGUGCUCGAGUCCGGCGCCCUGGUCCUGUCAGACGGCGGUGUCUGCUGCAUCGACGAAUUCGACAAGAUGUCUGACGCAACGCGCUCCGUCCUCCACGAGGUCAUGGAGCAGCAGACCGUCUCUGUCGCCAAAGCAGGCAUCAUCACCACCCUCAACGCCCGAACCAGCAUCCUCGCCUCUGCCAACCCUAUCGGCAGCCGCUACAACCCUGACCUCUCCGUACCCCAAAACAUAGACCUGCCCCCAACCCUACUCUCCCGUUUUGACCUCGUCUAUCUGAUCCUCGAUCGCGUCGACGAGAAGGCGGACAAGCGUCUCGCCAAGCACCUUCUCUCUCUCUACCUCGAAGACAAGCCUCACUCUGCCCCCACAAGCAACGAUAUCCUCCCCGUCGAGUUCCUCACCCUCUACAUUUCCUACGCCCGCUCUCAGAUUCAGCCCGUCAUCUCCCGUGAGGCCGGCGAGGAGCUCGUCAGCGCAUACAUUGCUAUGCGCGCUCUCGGCCAGGACGUCCGCGCCGCGGAGAAGCGCAUCACCGCCACGACGCGUCAACUCGAGAGCAUGAUUCGUCUCUCCGAGGCCCACGCAAAGAUGAGGCUCUCGGACACCGUGACAAAGGAGGAUGUCCGCGAGGCCAACCGUCUCAUUCAGAGCGCCCUCAAGACGGCCGCCACCGAUUCCCAAGGCCGCAUCGACAUGUCUCUUUUGACCGAGGGCACGAGCACGGCCGACCGCAAGCGCCGCGGAGAAUUGAGAGACGCUAUUUUGAAAUUGCUGGACGACAUGACGGCUGGUGGGAAUAGCGUUCGAUGGGGCGAUGUGUCGAAGCGCCUGGCUGAUGGCGCGAGUAUGCCUGUGGAGGCGGCCGAGUUUAACGAGGUCAUGAGGGCUUUGGAGACGGAGAAUCUCAUCCUGAUUAGCGGCGAGGGAGCCAGGAGGAACGUUCGUAGAGUAACAGCUGUUGCGUAA